AUGGUCUAGUGGUAAGGACAAAGUGUUGUAAGUGCGUGUGGCCAGGUUCGAUUCCUGGUUGUAUCAUAAGCAUUUUAAUGUCAGGCGCCGUCCUUAAUUAUUCCACCCGAGACGGGGAAAAGUUAAGUAGAAUAAAAAGGGAGUUAAAGCAAGUGUAGGCGGGAUGGUCUAGUGGUAAGAACAAAGUGUUUGCAAGUUUUUGAAGCCAGGAUCGAUUCCUGUUGUAAUCAACGGGCAUUUUGAUGGAGGGAACCUUUUCCUGACGGUUCCUGAAGCUAGGACAAGGUUCCUGACGCUGAGGACAAGGUACCUGACGCUGAGGACAAGGUUCCUGACGCUAAGGACAAGGUUGCUGACGCUGAGAACAAGGUACGUCACGCUGAGAACAAGCUUCCUGACGCUGAGGACAAGGUACCUGACGCUGAGGACAAGGUACCUGAUGCUGAGGACAAGGUUCCUGACGCUGAGGACAAGGUUCCUGACGCUGAGGAUUUCGAACAUUUAGUUCUAUUCAAUUUCAAGGCCCGUCGUAGCAAAAACUUGAAUUGGUCUGAAAAUUGUAUUUUUGGAAUCUACGUUCAAUAGGCUUUCUGUCAAUGCCUCAUUUUUCCAUAACAAGAUAGUUCGCGAACAUAAAAAGCAAGUUUUUUCAGCUGUGUAAUCGAAAAAGAUGUGAAAGUUAAUAUUAUGCUGUUUCGAACCUUAUGUCCUAUUGAUUUUGAAGGCUCCUGGAGCAGAGUUUUGAAUUUGCGCCAGUCUCAAAAUUGUAUUUUUGGAAUCAACGGUCAAUAGGAUUUUGGUCCAUGCCUUAUUCAGGCAUCACCAGGCCGUACGUGGAGAUAAAAAGCAUGUUUUUCCAGCUGUGUAAUCGAAAAAGACCUGAAAGUUAAUAUUAUGCUAUUUCGAACCUUUUGUUCUAUUGAAUUUCAAGGCCCCUUGCAGCAAAAACUUGAAUAAGUCACGGUCUGAAAAUUGUAUUUUUGGAAUCUACGUUCAACAGGCUUUCUGUCGAUGCCUCAUUCUUCCAUAACAAGACAGUUCGUGAACAUAAAAAGCAACUUAUUUCAGCUGUGUAAUCGAAAAGGACGUGAAAGUUAAUAUUAUGCUGUUUCGGACCUUAUGUCCUAUUGAAUUUGAAGCCUAAUGUAGCAGAGUCUUGAAUUUGGGCCAAUCUCAAAAUGGAAUCUACGAUCAAUAGGCUUUCUGUCGAUGCCUUAUUCAGGCAUCACUAGGCCGUAGGUGGAGAUAAAAAGCAGGUUUUUCCAGCUGUGUAAUCGAAAAAGACGUGAAAGCUAAUAUUAUGCUAUUUCGAACCCUUCGUUCUAUUGAAUUUGAAGGCCCUUGUAGCGAAAAUGACGCUGAGGACAAGGUACCUCACGCUGACGACAAGGUUCCUGACGCUGACGACAAGGUUCCUGACGCUGAGCACAAGGAUCCUCACGCUGAGGACAAGGUUCCUGACGCUGAGCACAAGGUUCCUGACGCUGAGGACAAGGUUCCUGACGCUGAGGCCAAGGUUCCUGACGCUGAGGACAAGGUUCCUCACGCUCAGGACAACGUACCUCACGAUGAGAACAAGGUUCCUGACGCGGAGCACAAGGUACCUCACGCUGAGGACAAGGUUCCUGACGCUGAAGAAAAGGUUCCUUACGCUGAGGACAAGGUUCCUGACGCUGAGGAUAAGGUUCCUGACGCUGAGGAAUAA